UACUUUGCAAUGGCUGAACUUCCGCCGGGUUGGGAACAUCACACUAGUCGAUCAAGUGGCAGAGACUACUUCCUAAACAUCUACACUAAAGAGAGUCAGUGGGAAGUUCCGACCAGACCCGCCAAAAAAGCCGACAUGGACAAAGUUCAGUGUUCACACUUGCUGGUUAAGCACAGAGAAUCCCGUAGACCAGCCUCCUGGCGCUGCGAUAAUAUCACAAUAUCUAAGGAAGAGGCGUUGGAGCAGCUGCAAGAAUACAGAAGACAAAUUGUCUCCGGAGAGAAAACCUUUGAAGAUUUGGCAUCACAGUUCAGCGACUGUAGUUCGGCGAAGCGUGGGGGAGAUCUUGGUCCGUUUGGGCGUGGACAGAUGCAGAAGCCAUUUGAGGAUGCAGGUUUCGGUUUGAAAGUGGGAGAACUUAGUGGACCUGUUUGGACUGAUUCUGGUGUUCAUAUUAUUAAGCGAACGGCAUAAUUUUAGGAUUAAAAAACUACUUCAGUACUUCAGAUAAAUCUCAUUGUUGAAACUGUGUAAUUUUCUGAUGUGGACUGACUUUGAUGAGGCCUAAAAACAAUAUCUGAGUUUUUAAGUCAAGUCAAAACAGCAAAGCAACUAGCAAAUGCCUACCAUGACAUUUCAGUAUAUUGUGUAUUAAAUAAUGAAUACAUGUUUUUAAUUGUAACCAACACAAAUGAAUUUCCCCGUUAACAUCAACUCCAAUGUGGAAAGAUCAGAUUUUUGUUUGCCGAGGGGUUUUGUCAGGUACGGUCAGGUUGCCUUUUACACAGGUAUUUUUUUAGGCCUGAUGUUCAAGUUGGAUGAAUAUCAUAUUGUACUUAAGUGCUAAACAGCGUAAAUUAUCUGUUGUUUUGUUUAUAUAUUUCAUUUGGUCCAGCCAAUUGUAUAAUACUGGUUAAUUCUUUGGUUUGGUUAAAGUUAUUCCAAAUCUUUAUUGAUUGGUCAAUAUUUAUCCAAUAAUUACUAUGGACCAAUCAAAUAUUUGGUUCAGUUAAAGUUAGUCCAAGCCAUUAUUGAUUGGUCAAUAUUCAUGCAAUAUAAUGAAUUUUGACCAAUUGAAAUACUUUCAUGUGCAAAUUAACCAAAAUAUUACAUGCGGAUAACUUAUCCAGUUGUAUUCAAUUGGCCCCAAUUCUUACAUAUAUAAUAAUUAUUAUUCAGUGGUCGAAACUAGCAUUAGCCGGAACUUUGGUAAAAUGUCUGUUGAGCUUGUUAAAAAGAUGGGAAUUCUUACAGUGAUGCUUAUAACAAUUUCAAAAGCAUAUAAAGUGGUAAAAACAAGCAGAAGCCAGAGGCUGUUACAUGUCUGCCGUGCUUGUUAAAAAUGUGAAUGUUCUAUAGUCAAUUUGCUUGCUACAAUUUUUAAAGUCAAGAAUUAAUGCGAGACUUUGGGGUUGUUACAAGUUUCAAAAGGCUAAUUUAAUUGCUGAUCUUGAAGGAACAUCUUCAUGUAUUGAACUGUUCAUUUGCCUCAUUGUAGGAGCUCUAUGAUGUUUCUAUUAUUAAAAGAACACCAAAAUCAUGAAUAGAAUAAUUUAAAUUCUUUCAUAUACUUAAAAUGAUAUCUUAGAUCUUUUUAAUUCACAUUUUGUGUUGCUUAUGUUGAUAUUAGGAUAAGACAAGUUAGGACCAAUCCAAAUUAACUAAGAUGUACUGUGAGUAUGCAGAAACAGAGGCACAUUUACAGCACUGCCAGACUGUUCAUUAUGGUAUAUAAAUGGCUUAUUUACAACAAGAAAAUGUACAUGUAAUUCAUUAAAAAAAAACUGCAGAGCAGUUAAACUCACUAUUAAAAAUCAUUUUGUCAAAUAAAUUUUUCACACCUUUC